GCAAGCUCGCUGGUAAGAGUGGGAUUCAGUGUAAAUUCUGCAAGCACGCGCGCAAAGUGAUUACCGCUAAGCUCCAAGAAGUGAAGAUGGUCGCUUGGAGCAUGUGAAGCUCCUAAGAAAUCAUAUAUCAUUACAAGGAAACACUAUAUCAAUUAACAUUAUAGAGUGACAGCGAGGUGGGCCUAUCUACUUACCUGCCCAGCGUGGGGCUUGGAUUUGUACACAUCUAUACUGGGAUCUUAUUCUUUGACUAGUUGGAAUACAUCGCUGUGUUGGUUAAUGAGGGAGAUUCCUUGAGAGGCCAGACUCCAAAUUGGUGGACUCAAACUUAGAAUACUCGGAUCUUAAUUUAUUCUCUUGAUUCGCGAAUAAGCGGAUUGCAAGGUAAUUGGACCGUCGUUUUAUCCAAAGUUUAACGCCUUGACUGGGCGGAAGGAAUAACCAUGGAGAAAGUACGUUGCUGUUUUUCGUGUUUCUUACUCUUCACGGCGAGUCUACUGCCUACAAUAAUUGCACAAUCUUCUUCACAAUCAUCGUACGUGGAAUUCAAUGUUCUCCAGGAUGUUGGUAUCUCGGCUGCAUCACCGGGUGUAGACCUUGUGAGAGGAGAAGAAGAGAACUCGGUAGCAUAUAAGAUCAAACCGAGCAAGGGUGACAUCGCAGCCAAUACUGUGGAGGUGCAACGUCUUGGGGAGGCCAUGAGUGAUGACGGUGGCUUCAUCCUAGUCGCCAAAGUCAAGAUGGGACAGAAAGCCCGUGGUACCGUUGUGUCCAUCGAUAACCAUGCUCACACGGAACGACUCUUCGGUUUGGUGAUCGACCGCAAGGGUGAUAGGGUCGUCAUGCCAUAUUCGUAUACAAGGGACGGUGUCACCUCUGAGGAUUCCUUAGAGUUUUCAGGCCUGAACCUUGUUGAAACGGAGGAAAGGGAUUGGCAUACCUUUACGUUGGAUGUGCAAGGAAACUUUGCUAUCCUCUAUGCAGAUUGUACAAGGAUUGGUAUACAGAUCAUGUAUGGAAGCUUCGUCCAUGACGUCACACCGGAUCAGUAUUCUCUCAGGCUUGGAAAGGGACUCAAGGGACGAAAAGACGUACCCGACUUUAAGGGUAUCAUCGCAGAUGUGAAGUUUAUAUUUGGUAUGAGGCGCAUGCGUGUUCUUCGUCUUCUUGGAUGUGAUAAUAUAGAGGAAAGUUCAAGCCAAUCAUCGUCGAGCUCGGACGUGUCACCAGCUUUCGUUGAGCCAAGCCAGAACAGUCAACUCUCUCCAUUUGGAGACGGGACAGAUGGAGAAAGCAUACCUAAUGUUGGAGUAGGAGUAGGUGUCGGAGUCGGAGCCGUCGGAGUUGGAGUUGGAGUUGGAGUUGGCCCUGUGGUUAGUCAACCCAAUAUUCCACCUUCAGUCCCUCAGGUCGAAACCCCCGAACACGAAACAAUCGCACCCGUGCCCCCGAAGACUCCCGAAGUCCAUACCGAGUCCAAUCUUCCCCAUUCGGCCAUCGAGCCCGGGGUCAUCGAGGGACCGCUCAACGACGGAUCACCGAUCAAUUACAAUCGCCCAUCGCUGUUUCUUCCCAACAGCCCCGGAUCGAACAUCGGAAACUACGCAGAGCCAACGAACGGUGCGAGACCUUUACCGAACAUGAAUGACGUUAUCACAAAUGGUCAAUGUGCCAUAACUUGUGAUCAGGUCUCUCAGUUACAAAAUAUGGUCGAUGUUCUCUCGCAGGGACAGGACAACAUUCUCACUAGGAUGACUGAUAUGGAUAACAGAAUACCAAGCUUGCCCCCUCCAUGGUUAGAUGGAUGUUUCUAUAAAGAUGAAAUCAAACAAAACUACGAGCAGUGGAAGGACGAUGCUUGUACUACCUGUGAAUGUAAUGCCCCUGCUGUUACAUGUCGUUUGAUCGAAUGCCAGCCAAUCACAUGCCAGAAUCCCAUCAUCAAACCAGGAGAAUGCUGUCCUCAAUGCCCAGAUCAAGAGCAAGGGUGGAGUGAUUGGACUGAGUGGACAUCAUGUUCUGUGACCUGUGGGUCUGGAACCAUGCAAAGAGGGCGCUCUUGUGAUAGAAUGCGGUACCCGUGCAACGGAAGGAGCGUCGAGACCAGGAACUGCAUCCGUGACCCAUGUGUCUCGGUUGUUGAUGGCGGUUGGAGUAACUGGACUCCAUGGGCUUGCGGUAUCACCUGUGGUGUCGGAACCGAGACUCGAGUCCGGUCCUGCAACUCACCACCCCCGCAGAACGGCGGAGCAAGGUGUCUCGGUGAAGCCUUCGGAGCCGGACGUGAGGAAAGGCUGUGUCAACGCGACCCGUGUCCUGUUGAUGGUGCGUGGGGUGAGUGGUCGCUGUGGACGGCAUGUACCCAUUCUUGCGAUGGUGGAAGCCAGGAAAGGUAUCGAUUCUGCGACAGCCCCGCCCCUGCACACGGUGGAAGGAAUUGCUCAGGUAUUACCAAACAGGAACAGAUGUGCAACCAGAGACCAUGCCCGAUCGAUGGAUGUCUUUCAAGUCCAUGCUUUGAGGGUGUUGAUUGCCGUAGUUCUGAUGAUGGUGUCUUCCAAUGUGGACCUUGUCCAGUUGGUUACCGAGGUGAUGGCCAAACGUGUACAGACGUCAAUGAGUGCAUGGAGGUUGUGAACGCGUGUUUUCAUCACCACAGCCAGCAUCGGUGCAUCAAUAAGGUUCCUGGAUACUCCUGUCAAGAAUGUCCGACUGGUUACCGUGGCAACCAACCCAACGGUGUCGGUAUCUUCCACGCAAGUAGAUAUAGACAGCAAUGUAUCCCGAUCAACCCAUGUACUGAAGGCACCCACGAUUGUGCUGCUGACGCUAAGUGUACAUUCUUCGGACCGUAUAGUCAACCUCAAUACGGUUGUCGGUGUCGGACAGGAUACGCUGGUGAUGGGUAUGCUUGCGGUCUAGACUCUGAUCUCGAUGGCCGACCUGACGUCGACCUUGACUGCCAAGGGCUUGGUGAUUACAUGCAUUGUCAAAAGGAUAAUUGUAUUCACAUACCAAACAGUGGGCAAGAAGACAGCGAUGGCGAUGCCGAGGGAGAUGCUUGCGACGAUGACGACGAUGAUGACGGUAUCAGGGAUGCCAGGGAUAACUGUCAGUAUACUCCUAACCGAUGGCAAGGAGAUCGAGAUCGUGAUAAUGUCGGUGAUGAAUGCGAUAACUGUCCUACUCACUCCAAUCCAAGACAAGAGAACGUCGAUGGUGACGAGUUCGGUGACGAAUGCGACGAUGACAUCGAUAAUGACGGACAUGACAACUUCAUGGAUAAUUGUCCGAAACAUGCCAAUGCUAACCAAGAUGACAGCGAUCAUGAUGGUCUUGGUGAUCUCUGCGAUAACUGUCCAUUUGACUUCAAUCCUCUUCAGAUCGAUACCGAUGAUGAUAACGUUGGUGACGAGUGUGAUACGGAUGAAGACGUGGAUGGAGACGGACAUCAAGAUAAUCUGGAUAACUGCCCCGACAUCCCAAAUGCCAGUCAGAAGGAUCAUGACAACGAUGGCAUCGGUGAUGCUUGUGACCCGGAUGAUGAUAACGAUGGUGUAAAUGACGCUGAUGAUAACUGCCGUCUGAUCUUUAAUCCUAGUCAGAAUGACACCGACGAAAAUGGGCGUGGCGAUGCCUGCGAAUCUGACUUCGAUGGUGAUGGCGUGGCUGACAUCAUGGAUGCGUGUCCAGAGAAUGCUAUGAUCCAACGAACCGAUCUCUCAGCAUUCCAGAUGGUCCCCAUGGAUCCUUCCGGUGCAUCCCAACUGGAACCGAACUGGAUGGUCAGGAAUCAUGGUCUUGAGCUUGUCCAAACUAUCAACAGCGAUCCUGGAUUAGCAGUCGGUUACGACGAAUUCGAGAGCGUAGAGUUUAGUGGUACCUUUUACGUGAACACAGCAAAGGAUGACGAUUAUGCAGGGUUCAUCUUUGGUUAUCAAUCCAACCAUCGGUUCUAUGCUGUCAUGUGGAAACAGGUCACCCAGAAGUACUGGCAACCUGACCCAAGCCCUGCUGAAGCAACCGCUGGUCUACAACUCAAGCUGAUCAACUCAACCACUGGACCUGGAGAAUACUUGAGAAAUGCUAUGUGGCACACUGGAGAUACAGAAAAUCAGGUGAAGUUGAUUUGGAGUGAUCCAAAUAAAAUUGGAUGGAAAGAUUUCACAGCUUACAGGUGGACUGUCACACAUAGACCCAUUGAUGGUUUUAUGCAGGUUACAGCGUGGGAAGGAAGUAAUGUUUUGGCAGAUUCUGGCCCCCUCUACGACUCAACGUUAAGAGGAGGACGAUUGGGACUCUACUGCUUCUCUCAGGAAAUGGUCUUCUUCUCUGACAUGGAAUAUAGAUGUCUAUCAGAUUACUAAGAAUGGAGCGAUACAUUGAAGCUUGUCUUCUACAACAAAUUGGAAUUUAUACUUCUUGUGUACAAGAAGUGUACGUAAAACGAACUUGUCCCUUCCUUUACAAUGAAAAUGUAUUCAUCAUCGGAGUUUAAUCGCUAGAAGACGAUUAUUGAAAUGAAGGAGAACAUUUACUGGUGUGUGCUAACAGUGUGGGAGGAGUCACCGACAGAGCUGCAUAUUCAGGGAAGAUUUCUUUGAAAUAGGGAGACUUGGUGAGCGAUUUUGAUGGAGAAACACACUUUAGGAUGAAAGAGAUAUAAACAGAGAUGUCCCGAUGUGGUGAAAUCGUUCAAGAAGCAGUGUAUUAAAGCACAUCUUAUGAGUUUGAAGGAGAAGCUAUAGGACAUGUAGGAGGCGUCUACUAUAAAAGAUGUGUUGAAGUAAAGAAUGUGUUCGUAAUAAAGCCGUGGAAAAUAUCAUGAAUUAUGACAAAAUGAAAUCCUGACCGAAUGGAAAACGCGACUUAUUUCAUUUAUUAAUUAUUACUUUACAGCAUUGUGUAUGCCUCUUCAUUUCUCACUCGGGUCAUCAUCACGUGACCGACGUUAUGUUAUCGAUAGAGUGUCACUUGGAUUUAUUAUUAUUCAAAUACUAAUGGUGUAUUUUAACUUAUGUACAGAAUGAUUAUGCAUGGCCUUAGUGAAUACUUCGCUUAUCUGUAAGUCUGUAACGUCAGCAGUAUGACCGACCCAGUGGUCAUGUGACACGCCGUUUUCAGAAACAAAAUUGUUUGCAUAAUCAAAAAUUAAUAUAGUUAGAAAAUAAACUCUACUGUGGCUUCCAAGUCAACGAGGAUAAUAUUGAUUGUUGUGAUUCUAUUUGUUUGACUAUUUAUGGUGUAUGUAAGACUAAAAGUAACAUAAAGCAAGGCAACUGAAUUUAUGCAAUGAUGUGUAUGUGUAUUUCGUAUGUGUGUGCCAAAGUUGUGACUGUGUCUCUGUGAUGUUGAUGGUGGAAUGCGCAUGCGUUGUGCUUUUAGUCUGUAUAGUAAUAUGCUUAUUUGUACUCUUUUCUAAAAUUAUGAACGAAUAGAUUAAUCGUUCAUUCCACUUUUCGGUACUUUUUCUUAAAAUAAUGAAUGAUUGAAUAUUUCUAAACCCUGACCAUUGUCAAAAUGUGAAUUCUCUGCAACUCUAGUUACAUUUAUAUCACCACAAUGAUGUGGUUUUACCAUAUGCACAACGUUCUCACUGAAAAAAGGGUCAGUAAUCGGUGAAAUUAUAAAUCAUGAUGUUUCUAUAAUAUUAAACUUUGAUAUUUAAAAGCUGCCCCAAUUUAAAAUCUAAAAUUUAUGAAUAUUUAAAGGUUGAGAACUUUUUUGAGAUUAAUACCAUAUCAUAUGAUAUCAUCAACGCUGUCAUAUAAUACGAUUUUGAUAAUGUCAAAAUUCAAAUUUAUGUAAAUAUUUAUCAUUAAACUAUUAACUUGAGGUCAUUUUACAGUUUCUAUAUUGUGUAAGUAAAACAAUUUAUCACCAAUAUGCUACUUAUUGUACAUACGAAAAAAAAAUAUUGUGUUACUGAAUAUCUAUUAUAUGAUUUCAAUGAAUAACUUUUUCAUUGGGUCCUCGUUCUUACAUGACAUCUAUGAAGUAAAAUAGUUAGAUGUGAUUUAAUGAAGUAAGGUUUUUAAAAGUGUGGGUUUCAAGCUCACAAAUGGGUGAAUGUUAAACAUUUCUUCAAAUGAAAGUGCAUUUUGACAACACGGAUCCAUUAAAGGCAUCGAUAAUUAUAAGUCAACAAAACAUUCUUUCCUUAUGUUUUCACCAUUAUGAUUAUGUUUUCUUGCCAAACAUCUUACUGGAAAAUUUCUGACAUAAUAUUUUGAGAAGAAUAUCAUAUACGUUUAUAGAGUGAAAAGACAACACAGAGGUUUUGAAAAAUGUUUUCUCGAUCUCAAAUGAUUAGGAAGCAAAGAAGAGAUAGAAAUGAUUAUGAACAUGAUAAAUGCAACAGAUAAAAGUCGAUAUUGGAAAAUAUUCAGAGAUACUAUAAAAACAUGGUUUACAAAUCAAACAGUUAUGCUGAUGAAUGAUAAAACUUUGUGAACACUAAAUGGAGAAGCGACAUGAUUAUAUGGGAGACCAAAAUCACUUGUUUCUAUCGAUAUGAAAAAUUUGAUGGCAAAAGCGAUGUUGAAAAUGUUGAAAGAUAAAUAAAUAUUUACCUCGGUAAGUUUUAA